AUGGUAAAUGAUGGUGUUCCUAGUUUUAUGAUAGAGCACAUUGACCGUGUUAUUGACGUUGAAAAGGAUGGAUACUGUGGGUUUCGUGUAAUAGCAAUCGCUUUAGGAAGAAAUGAAGACGACUGCUAUGACAUCAGAAAAGUGCUUCUGAUGCAUCUUGAGAAGAAAAAAGCCUUUUUUUUUGAAGUAUACCUUCGCUGGUCUUUUAUUCCCGACUGUCCACAAAACAAAAACAAGGCAAUUUCACUUGUGUUGCUGGGUGAGCAUUACCUGAGCCUAAAUUUGAAGCCUGAUUGUCCUUUACCCAAGUUAAAUGAAAACGAUCGUAAUCGGGAUCGUAUCAACCAGGGUUUCCCAACAAAAUGCUACCUGGUACAACUUUUCCAAGACGGAAUAAAGAAAUUCGAAGAUUUAAAAACUAUAGUAGAUGGACAAAUUGAAAAGACAACAGAAUAUGUAGACCUGAUAGACAGCGAAGAAGUAGAUAUCAAUCACCAAAAAUCCGCGUAUAAAAGCGAUGUAAAAAAAACCACUCAAAAACAAGAGAUAACCCAAAAACAAGAAAAAACCCAAAUAACCAAAAUAACGCAAAAAAAAUAA